AUGUACCAACUUUGCCAAAAGCGUGAGUGUAUUUCUCUCCAUGUUGGGCAAGCUGGGGUUCAGAUGGGCAAUGCCUGCUGGGAGCUUUAUUGCCUGGAACAUGGUAUCCAGCCAGAUGGGCAUAUGCCGGUUGACAAGGCUCUUGGAGGAGGAGACCACUCAUAUGACACUUUCUUCUAUGAGUCAGGAGCUGGUACACACAAUCCCCGAGCUGUGUUUGUGGAUCUGGAACCAACUGUGAUUGAUGAAGUACGCAAAGGGACCUAUCGACGUCUGUUUCAUCCAGAGCAGCUUAUCUCAGGCAAGGAAGAUGCUGCUAACAACUUUGCUCGUGGGCACUACACCAUUGGCAAGGAAGUAAUUGAGCUGGUGCUUGAUCGUAUUCGUAAACUGGCUGAUCAGUGUACUGGGCUGCAGGGAUUCCUGAUCUUCCAUAGCUUUGGAGGUGGCACUGGCUCUGGCUUUGCGUCUCUUCUCAUGGAACGUUUGUGUGUGGAUUAUGGAAAGAAGUCUAAACUGGAGUUUGCGAUCUAUCCAGCUCCUCAGGUAUCUACAGCUGUGGUAGAGCCCUACAACAGCGUCCUGACCACACACACCACCCUGGAGCACUCUGACUGUGCCUUUAUGGUGGACAAUGAAGCCAUUUAUGAUAUAUGCAGAAGAAAUUUGGACAUUGAGCGGCCCACCUACAUCAAUCUCAACCGACUCAUUGGGCAGAUUGUGUCCUCCAUCACGGCUUCUUUACGCUUUGAUGGUGCCUUGAAUGUGGAUUUGACUGAGUUCCAGACAAACCUGGUGCCAUAUCCCCGCAUUCACUUUCCUCUAGUUGCUUAUUCCCCAGUUAUAUCUGCAGAAAAAGCCUACCAUGAACAGCUCUCUGUGGCUGAGAUCACAGCUUCUUGUUUUGAGCCUGCAAAUCAAAUGGUGAAGUGUGACCCUCGCCAUGGGAAAUACAUGGCCUGUUGCAUGCUCUAUCGUGGGGAUGUAGUGCCCAAAGAUGUGAAUUUUGCUAUUGCUGCUAUGAAAAACAAAAGAAGCAUCCAGUUUGUAGAAUGGUGUCCCACUGGAUUCAAGGUUGGAGUAAAUUACCAGCCACCAACUGUAGUUCCUGGAGGAGACCUGGCCAAAGUGCAGCGCGCCGUCUGUAUGCUGAGCAACACAACUGCCAUUGCAGAGGCCUGGGCCCGCCUGGAUCACAAGUUUGAUCUGAUGUAUGCAAAACGAGCCUUCGUGCACUGGUAUGUAGGAGAGGGCAUGGAAGAAGGUGAGUUCUCAGAGGCCAGAGAAGAUCUGGCAGCUCUGGAGAAGGAUUAUGAGGAGGUAGGUAUUGAUGUAAAUGAUGACGAUAACGAGGAGGAUGAAUAUUAA